GCACCGCUUCCGGUGUGGGCCCCGCCCCGGCUGUGGCCCCCAGCUGCGGAGGAGUCGGAGGCUCAGCUGCUGCGCCGGGGCCUCAGCGGCUGCCUCCUCCCAAGCUGCGAGCCCGGAACGCUGCGCAUAGACCCAGUGCGCGUGCUGGGCUGUGCCCAGGUUGAGAGCCAUGCCGGUCUGUGGGUGAAGCCUGAGACAGUCAGUAAUGGAGCCUCUGCAGCAGCAACAAAAGCAGCCACACCAGGCUCCUCUACAGAUGGAUGCCAGAGAGAAGCAGAACCCGCAGCAGACAAGAGAAGCACAGUUUCUGUAUGCCCCCAAACUAGGUGCCCAGUCUGCUCUCCUUUCAGUUACACCUGGGAGACCUUCUGGUAGCCCUGUUCUGGGUCCCUUAGCCAGAGUCACACCAGCCACACCAGUGAGCCAAGUAUAUGAGCAGAGCAAUGUGAACUCCGAACCCGAGGAAGAGGAAGGAGGUCUGGAAGAUGAAGAUGGAGAUGAUGAUGUUGCAGAGGUGGCUGAAAAAGAGGCCCAGGCUGCUUCCAGAUUUUUCCAUGUGCAAAAAGCAACUCGCCAAGACCCCAGAGCAGCACCCAUGUCCAGCCUGCUUCCAGUACCUGGACUCCCACCACAGGGACAACAAGCUAGAGAAGACCAUACCAAAGAUACUUCCAAGGCCCCACCUUCCAUCUCCACAGCUGGGCAGCCAAGCUGGAAUCUGGAUGAGCAGCUUAAGCAGAAUGGUGCUUUGGCCUGGAGCGAUGAUGCUGAUGGAGGCCGGGGAAGAGAGAUCUCUCGAGAUUUUGCCAAGCUGUAUGAACUGGACGGUGAUCCUGAAAGGAAAGAAUUUCUGGAUGACCUCUUUGUCUUUAUGCAGAAGAGGGGCACUCCUAUCAACCGGAUUCCCAUAAUGGCCAAGCAGAUCCUGGACCUGUACAUGCUCUAUAAACUGGUCACGGAGAAGGGGGGCCUGGUGGAGAUCAUCAACAAGAAAAUCUGGAGGGAGAUCACCAAAGGCCUGAACCUGCCCACGUCCAUCACCAGUGCUGCCUUCACUCUGAGGACCCAGUACAUGAAGUAUCUUUAUGCCUAUGAGUGUGAGAAGAAAGCCUUGAGCUCCCCAGCUGAACUACAGGCAGCCAUUGAUGGCAAUCGGCGGGAAGGUCGGAGGCCCAGCUAUAGCUCCUCCCUCUUUGGCUAUUCUCCUGCCGCUGCUGCUGCUGCUGCCGCCGCCGCUGCUGCUAGUGCUGCCACUGCUGGGGCCCCUGCCCUUCUAUCGCCCCCCAAGAUCCGAUUCUCCAUCCUUGGGCUUGGCUCCAGCAGUGGUACCAGUGCCAGUAGCCCUCGGAUAUCCCCAGCAUCUACUCUCAGGAAAGGUGAUGGAGUCCCAGUGACUGCAGUGCCUGUGCCAAAUCGCCUGGCUGUGCCUGGGACUUUGGCAGGCCAGCAGGCUGGCAACCGGACAGGCACACUGGAUCAGCUACGGGAGCGUCUAGAAUCAGGGGAACCCCCUGAGAAGAAGGCAUCAAGGUUGUCAGAGGAAGAGCAGCGCCUGGUGCAGCAGGCCUUCCAGCGCAACCUCUUGAGCAUGGCGCGGCAGCUCCCCAUGAAGAUGAGAAUCAAUGGCAGGGAAGACAGAGCAGAGACUUCGGCUGCAGCACUGAACCUGACUACCAGCGGCAUUGGGAGCAUCAAUAUGUCUGUGGAUAUUGAUGGCACCACCUAUACAGGUGUGCUGUUUGCCCAGAAACCAGUGGUCCACCUCAUUGCAGGCUCUGCUCCUCAGAGCAUCGGCGGCGGCGGUGGCGGUGGCGGUGGCGGCGGCGGCAGCAGCAGCAGCGGCAGCAGCAGCUCUCACUGUUCACCAAGUCCUACCUCAUCCCGGGGCACCCCCAGUGCAGAGCCCUCCACCAGCUGGUCCCUCUGAUAGCAGCACCCAGCACCCACUCCCUAUCUCCUGCAGAGAGUAAGGGAGAUCGAUGCACAGAAUUUACCUCAUCUCAUGGAGCCCACAUCAGACACCAUCUGGCCAGAUGUUGAAUUUGGAAGUGUCCAUCUGUCCAGGCUCCAUUCAGGUUCUGCUGUACUCUGGGGACAAGGAGAGACUUGGGGGGGUGGGGGGAGGCAGGGCAGAGCGUUGUCCAAUCAGGGAUUGUCCUGGAGAACUGGGUGGGGCAUCUGGGCAUCCAGCUUCCCCAGCGUUCCCAACCACCUCCCAUCCCAGAGCAAUGUAUCGACAAUCUGUCAGGCGCCACGGGGCUGGAGGCUUCCAUUUCCUUCCCUUAAUUUAUUUCCCUUCGGCUGCCUUCUGCCUUCACCCCAGGAUCAGCCCAGUCCCCCAGUGUUUAAAUCCCAUUUGGGGCUCUAGGAGUCUGUGCUGAGCAUGGGAUGGGGAUGGGCUUUCCCCGUCCUCCUCGCUUUCUGCUUUAUUCUUUGGGCAUGAGUCUCUCAACCCAGGUCUUAACUUCAGUCCUCAGGGCCCUGGAGUACUACUCUCUUUCUUGUUCUAAGAAAAGAAGUGUGAGGACAGGCUCCAGGUUCAGGGACUCUGCACAUGAAAAGGAGGAAGAGCUCAUGGCACCCACCCGGGCCCUGGUACCUACCCGACAAGACUCCAUUUAAUCCCCAAACCUCAGCUCCCUGCCUGCCCAUGUUGGCCAGCUCUCCCAAGAUGCCACUUGUCCCUGGCCCCUACCGUCGUCUCUUGGGGCCAUUUCCGCCCCACCAGCCCCAGACACACUGAUGUCAGGCUCACUGAAAUACCUCAGAUUUGUAAUUGUUGAUAGUUGAGUCUUCAGGAAGUAUUUGCAUCUCUGUAAUCUUUUUUAUAUGUGUUUUGCUGACUUUAAUUUUUUAAUUUUUAUUGUUGCUGUUGUAGCACCAAAGAAAUGAAAGCAGAUCACCCCAGCCAGGUGCGGUUUGCAGCCAGCCUCCCUCCAACCUGCCCAUGCUCUAGCCAGAGGUGGAGCAGGCGGGGUGACUCAGGGAUCACCACAGCAGGAGGAUGGGAUGGAGGGGCCCAUGCUUGCUGGUGGAUCCUGAAACCACACUGGUUCUUUCUGCCCCUACCCCAGCUGACAAUAAGGCAGGGUAUCUCUCUGCCUCAGGAGCCCUCACCUUGGGGCAUAGGCAAAUGGCUCUGGGCCCUGCCUGAGACUGAGCCCCAGGGUGCUAAGAGGAUGCUAAGAGAGCUCUGUCUCCCCUUAGCAUAUAGCUGGAACAGGCCACUGUGUAGAGAAAGGCUCCACUCUCACCCCAGUGUCCUCGACUCUGUUACACAAAGCAUCUCCCACUGGGACUACUCAGGUUGUGCAGUGGAGACCACAGCAUGGCCCAGCAGUCCUGUCUAGGACAAGAAAGGGAAACCAAAAGCUUGUACACAAAUAUACCUCAGCCUGGCAAGCGCCACACUGCUGACUUGCGACUCCUCUCCCUGCCCCAGGACACACACUCAGUAACUCACACACUUGGCUCCUGUACUGGAGUCUCACCCUCUUAGGGCCUCAGAAGACACCUGGGGUCUGGUGCUGUGAGAAGUCUGUUUGGCCAGGGUGUCUCAGGGUUUAGUCAUGAAGGAUAGACCCUUCUUAUCCAGGGGAGACGGGGAGACGGGGACAGCGCAGGUCGUUCUGACCAUCGACUCCUUUCUCUUUCCCCAGGCAGCUGUCCACUUGUCCCUCUCCAUGCCCCCCUCACUGCCCUCAAGCCAGCAACAGGCUCCUAGCCAGAAAAUGCAAGAGCUGGGUGCCCAUGUGUGCCCAGCGUUAGGGCUCUGGCCCAGUUGGAGCUCCCCUGCAGGCGUAGUCCUGAAGGCCUUGUGGCAGGAUGGCGGCCUUCCUCUCCGUGUCUUGUGUGUAUUCUAACCAGAAAAAAAAAAUGUGAUAGCACAUGGUAGCCUAGGCAGUGAAUAAAUACCUCAGACGUCCUCUCACAGCACGUGUCUGUAUAUGUCGUGGUUAUUUUCUGUCUUACAUGUUCUUGAAUGUUUAUAUUUCAAUAAAGCUCUACCUCUUCACAUGA